AUGAAUCUCCUGCUACUUUUCUCGCUACACUGUUUCCUAUGGGCUGUCGGUAAAGCUGACGACGGGCCCACUGACUUGCAUCAAUCGCGUCCAGCAAUCUUGUUGGUCCCGGGCGCCUUUCACCAAGGGCAGAUAAUAUACGAGCCCGUCCGACAGCAACUCAAGCUUACUGGUUACGACGAGCAUCUGAUACAUGCUAUUGAUCUUCCUUCAGUCGGCAGUCUUGCAACUCGUGACGACGAUGUGAACGCUGUUGUCCAGGUCAUGAAGAAAUACCUCGAACAAGGCCGGGACGUUGUCCUUGUUGGGAACAGUGGGUUGCAGCUGAUGCUUCUUGGAAUAUAUUUGGCUAAUAAUCUGCAAGGCUAUGGCUGUACCGUCGCUGGGGAUGCAGUCGCGGGCAUUCCUUCUGCCAUCAACACUUCUCCUUACGACCCCAAUGGGCGUCGCCGAGGACGUGUUUUGAACCUCAUCUUCUUUUCGGGCUAUCUUCCUUACAUUGCUCAUGUGCAACAUCCCGAGACUCAUCCGGAUAUUCGCCUCGUCUCCCCAACGUGGUUCGCGUUCUGGCCGAAUGGUUCGCCCUCAACGAUUCCCUUGACAGUUCGAUGGGAUGGAGACCUUGUCAAUUUUCCACCGCAAAAGGAGUUCUACAAUGUUCUACAGCAAGAGAACCCUCAGCAGGCAGACUACUAUGUCGAACAGUCGGUCUACCCAUCCCCAGUAGAGUCUUACACGACUUGCCACUAUGUGAAGUUGAGAAACAGCUCGUUCGCUGCAUUGAACGCAGCGUCUCGCUACAUUCCGUACACUGGUGACUUUGAAGUCAUUUAUGUCGCUGGCAAACAAGACAAUAGUGUUCCUGCUCCGCUGUGGGAAUCCUAUGUGAACCAGGCGGGCGCCAAGUUCACACUAGAGAUGUUAGACGCGGACCACGUUCCUAUGGUGAGCCGUCCUCGCGAUGUCACUGACCUGAUUUUGAAGUAUGUGCAAUUGGGGUCUGUCUGA